AUGGCCGUGAAUGUGUACUCCACCUCUGUGACGAGUGAUAACUUAAGCCGACAUGACAUGCUCGCCUGGAUCAACGAGUCGUUACAGUUAACUUUAACCAAGAUAGAGCAACUUUGUUCAGGUGCUGCUUAUUGUCAGUUUAUGGACAUGCUCUUCCCGGGUUCCGUCACGCUCAAGAAAGUGAAAUUCCAAGCGAAGUUGGAACACGAAUACAUUCAGAAUUUCAAGGUCCUACAAGCAGGUUUUAAGCGGAUGGGUGUUGACAAAAUAAUACCUGUGGACAAAUUAGUGAAGGGGAAAUUCCAAGACAAUUUCGAAUUUGUUCAGUGGUUCAAGAAAUUCUUCGAUGCCAAUUACGACGGAAAGGACUACGACCCCGUGGCAGCUCGGCAAGGCCAGGAGACGUGUCCCGCCCCGGCUCUGGUGGUCCCGAUACUGAACAAACCUAAGAAGAACCUGGGCUCCGGGGGCACAGCCCCAACGAGGCCCAUGGUUGCACAGCGAACAGCAGUGGCGAAUAAACCGGGGCCUCCAAUGAUCAAAAAGGCCCCCGGGGGAAUCGGAGAGGAUGAAUCGGCCGAAUUAAUACAGCAGAUCAAUGCCUUAAAGUUGACCGUGGAAGAUUUAGAAAAGGAACGAGAUUUCUACUUCGGGAAGCUGAGGAACAUUGAGCUGAUCUGCCAGGAGAACGAAGGCGAAAGUGAUCCGGUCCUCCAGAGAAUCGUGGAAAUACUUUAUGCUACAGAUGAAGGCUUCGUGAUACCCGAUGAAGGAGCCCCUCCGGAGGAGCAAGAGGAGUAUUAAACGGCCCCCACCGACGUUUACCAGCCGAACAGCAGCAGUCCGAAGCCCGAAAUCUUUGCCCCAAUCAUGUGCUUAUCUGUAAAAUACUCUCGUUUUAUUCUUAGAGGACUUAAACUGGUUUCUUUUCGAAAGUAAAAAAAAAAACAAAACAAAACAACAAACGAAAAAAAAAAGAGUACCUCUCCAAGUGCACUUUUACUACUUCUAUUUUCCCCUCCCAACCCUCCUUCCACUUCCGAUGGGUGUUUUGUUGUGGUUUGUUUGGGGGGGGGGGGGUUUGGUGAGAGAGAGAGAGAGAAAGAGCGCUCUACGGUCACUUUUCGUCGCGGAAUAGAUCAACCCUCCACCUGGUGUCGUUUGGAAGCAAGAGGCUCCACAAACUUGGGGUUUCGGGGGGUACGCAGCGUUGCGCGGUGGGGCAGUGCGGUGUGUUUGUGGGGGUGGGGGUGGAGUUGCAGGAGAGGCUGCCUAAGGAGAAGGAGGAGGGGAUCUUUGUAAAGGGUGGUCUUUACAGCAGGGAGAGGAAAGGGGACGAAUUGGGGGCACCGAGAGGGCCGGUAAAGCGACGGAGGAUUUGAGGCGCUUGGAAAUAAAAAAAAGGGGAGAGAUUGGAGUUUCCUUGCUUAGUUUGUUCGGGGCCGUGUAGAAAUGGGCCCGGCGUGGCUGAGGAUGUGGCAGGCGAGUGGACUUAAUAGUGGUGUGAAGCAGGUUUGCCCCAAAUUGGCUUCUCUGGUUGUGGCCUGGUGUAACCUCCAAAGCAACGCGGCCAUUCUCGGCAACUUUUUUUUUUUUAAACACUCGUGGGCGUCAAUUCCCAGAAUUCCUCGGCCAGCGCGUCACGCGCUGGCCGGGGAAUUCUGGGAGUUGACGCCUACAAGCGCUUUCCAGUUGCCUAAAUAAGAUACUCACUCCUCACCCGAACCCCUUGCUGCUCCGCUCCGUACGGGGCGCUUCUCUCCCUUCUCUGCCCCAACCCCCACUGCUUCCGAAGUAACCCCGACCCAGUUACUUUCAACAAACAAACCCUGUUUUGGGGUGACAGCUGCAUCCUUCUCGCCAAGCUAGGAUAAUUUCAACAGGGAUAGCCGGAUCCGAAAAGGAUCGGAGGAGAAGGCCGCAACGCUCCACUCUCGCUCGACGGGUUUUUUGCAGCCUGCGCUGAGAGCUGCCUGGGUGGGCACCCCGCUUCCGUUGCAGGCCUAUCUCCCCUCCCUUCCCUUCCCUCUUAAGUUACCUGCACAGGUGCUGCAGGCGCUGGUGGUAAAACAAAAGAGGAAGAAUUGCGUAUUAAAUAGGCGAGCCGAGGUUGUUGGAGAUAAAGAGUGUUCCGGUGAAUUUUGAUUAUCGCAGUAUUCUGUGCUUGACCUUCUCCCCCUCCCCUCUUUCGCAGAGCAAACCACCUCCUCCUCCCCUCCCCAAUGGCUGCUCCUUGGGGAGGGGGCUUUGGGAGGUUUGGGACAUCCACCCCCCUCCCCCCCAGUCCUCCCCAGCCACAGCAAAGACUAAGCUUCCGGCUUGCUGUGUUCCUUUUGUCCGUUUGCUUCCGGUGGUUGUGUGUCUCGAUGUGUGUAGAAAGCAGAGUUAACGGUAACUUGUUGUGUAGUGCAUGAUUUCCUUAUGACAAUUCGGCGGGAGACCCACAUUGUGGACGAAUGCCAAAAACAAAAGAAAAAAACGAAAAAGAAGGGAAAGAAAGAAAGACAAAAGAAAGACAAAAAAGAAAGCCAUUAUUUAAAACAUCAGAGGUGCUAUUUCUCUUGUGGCCUUCUAAAUGCCUGUUAUCCCUAGAACGACAUUCAAAACCAGACUCCUUUUGACAGGGUUUUUUUCUACUUUUAAACAGUUUCUAAAUAAAGUUCUGUUAUUUCA